AUGCAGCGGUUUUCAGUCAAGUCGGCGAGUGCAGUCGCCACCGUAGGCGCUGUGCGCACCUUCUGGGACCCGUUCGGCCACCAGCCCGAGUCUAUGUUCCUAGACCGCAAGGACUUGUGCCAAAUGUACCCGACCCAGAAGCCCAAGACUACGGGCGGUGGCUUCGGGUACGAGCGUGGCCCAUAUUGGGCUACAAUGCUUUUGCCAAACCCGGCUGUGCGCCUGCCGCAUGAGCGGCGCCGGCUCAACCCGAAGCCAGCGAAGCGCGUCACCGUCUUUGGCGCCAGCGGCUACCUCGGAGCUGAGAUUGUGCGGGAGCUGUGCGAGCACCCAGACAUCGAAAAGGUACGCGCCACCACGCGCUAUCCCACGCUUAUCCCGGAAGGAUCCGACCUCGACGACCUCCUGCGCAAUUACCCAGACAAGCUAGAGCUGCACGAGUGCGACGUGACAGACCGCAUUCAAGUCAACGUCGCCGCAAACGGAAGCGACACUCUUAUCUUCGCUGUCGACUACCACGCCGAAUAUGCCAACAAUAGCCAUCAUGACGUCUUCCUGAUCGGCGCCACAAACGUCAGCUGGACUGCACGCAGCGUACGAGCAGAGCGCGUCAUUUUCUGCAACGGUCUCGACGCCACUUUCGCAUCAGAGUCAAACUACGUCGAUUUCCGCGCCCGUGGCGAGGAUGCCGUUGGCGCCAACCACCCGGACGCCACCAUUAUCCGCUUCGGCCCACUCUACGGCAAGAACUACCGCUACCGCGGUCUGGGCCGCUACAUCUACCCAGCAUGCUUCCCGAAUACGCUGGUGCAGCCAACGUGGGUCGUUGACGCCGCGCGAGCCGUUGUGCGGUGCUCGAUGUCCCACCGUGCCGUGCGCUACAAGUUCGACCUUGGUGGUCCGCAGACACUGAGCCACGUGGAGGCAUUCCGGGAGAUCGCUCGCCACUUUGAGAAGCGCCUUGUAGUGCCGUGCUACCGCGGCCUCGGCCGCUUCUUUGGCAAGCUCGCCACGUGGACGGUGCCGAAUCCGUGGUUCGACGACAACUACGUCCUCACCUUCGAGCUGGAUCAGGUGAACCGCCGUAGCACUCUUUUCGAUCGACUGGCGAGCUGGGAGCGUAUCGCGUACACGCCACACACCAUCCGCGAGGCUGCCGAGGUUGAACGUGGUGUCCGAAAGCUCGCCCCCUUGCAAGAGCUGGACAUCGCCUUCAAGGAGCUCGAGGCGGCGGACAAGGCUGCCUUUGAACAGGAGGAGGAGGCGGCGAAGAAGUUCGGCAUCUAUCGCGCGAAGGCAGAGCCGGGCUUUGGCCGCACCGAUGGCCUCGAGACACUCGCUCAGGAGAUCUACCCCGGUCAGCAAUUCCGCAUCAAGCCUCUGGAGGGCGCCAAGUACCCAUCGAACGUCACGCAGCCUGGCCCCACAGCGAUUCAGUAG